AUGGAAAAAUGCUAUCGUGAAGACAUAGUACUUUUCUUUUCCAUAGAAAAUUUAGAAGAAAUAUUGAAUCUUCUUAAAACUGUCCGAGCAGUAAAAGGAGGAUCUUACAAAUUGUUAACUUUGGGUAGCUCGAAUAAUUUAUUUUUCAAUUCAAAUGAUUAUUUGAUAACGAAAAGUAGGGUAGAAAAAGAAAAAAAAGAUGACGAUUUGCUGUUAUCUACUCAUGAGGAAGAAGAAUGUCCAAAGAAUGAAAUGUCAGACGUAAACAAUAUGAACAGGCAAGGUGAUGAAAAGGAAAUUAAAAAAACCACUAGUUUGUUAUCUUCUUUAAAUACAAACGAGUUAAAGGAAGGAGAAGAAAAAAAAAAAAAAAAUGGUAAAAAUAAUCAUCUCUUCAGUGAAAAAUACAUAAAUGAUGAGAACGAACUGAUUAGUAGAGAAAUAUUUAAAUAUUUAUACAAGAAUGAAAACAAUAUGAAAUACACAAAAAAGCAUAAGUUAUUAACACAAAUAAUAAUGGACGCCAUCAUAUACGCAAAUAAAAUAAAAUUAAAUAUAUACAAAUUAAAUCUAUUUAUAUCAAUUGUAAUUAUGACUUUGCAUAAAAUUAUGGAAAAUUUAAAAGGGAAAAAAAAUAAUAAAAAAAAAAAAACUGUAAACUAUUUUAUAAGUUUGUUAGAGAAAAAUAUUAAAUAUCAUGAAGAGUCAGUAGAAAAGGUAAGAAUCGCCAAUUCGGCUGAAUUAGACAUUCCAACAGUCGACAGUUUAAAUAGAGAAUGUAUUGAACAAAAUAAAAGGACAACGGAGGAUGAUAAGAAUAUGGGUGAGAAAAUAAGAAGUAGCAUCAAAGGGAGGAGUGACAAAGGAAGGAGUAACAAAGAUGUAGGCAAUAAAGCCAGUAGGAAUAGUUUACCUAAAGAAACAUGUGUUGAUGAAAAGAACAUAAAGACUAAAUUCGUAGGAGAAACUGAUAAUUCAAACCAGCAUUAUAAUAAAUAUAAAAAUAAUAAUAAUUUAGAAGACAACAAUGUACACAUGACCGAUAUAAAUACAGAAAAUUAUGACGAAAAGGAAAUUAUACUUUUACAAUAUGAUGAAGCGAAGUAUAUAAUAAAAUACAUGUUUGACAAUAUUUUUUCCAUUUAUCAUAUGUUUGAAUACCUUUUUUUAUUUUCCUCUUUUCCUGUAAAUUUAACCUUUACCAAUAGCUUUACAGCCAUAUCACCAACACACUUAUUUUCUACCAGUGAUGAAGUGAUACAGGACAAAGAAAAACUGGAAGAUAAUGAAUUUUGCUCUAAUACUUACAUAAAAGAAGCUCUUGACGUCCCUCUAUAUGUUCUUGAUAAAUUUUAUGAUAACAUCAACAAAUUUAAGGAGAAGAUUAACGAUAUUGUCUCUUAA